UGUGUUUUUCUUGUACAAAAUUUUUCUGAUGAAAUGAAAAUGAAAUGAAAUGAAACUUUGCGAAUCGCAUCGGCAAAAAUUUACAUACAAAAGUUAAUUAAUUAGUGACAAAUAUAUUGCUCAGUUCUUUUCUCAAGUCGUGGACGUUUUCGUGGGUUUUCAUGUCACUUUCGCAGGUUUUAUGAUGCUUUGUUUAGUCACGUUGUGAAGAUAUCGGUCGGAGGUAACAAUAUUAUUUCUAUAUUUAAAUAAUUAAUAAUUCGACCGCAUUUCGAGUACUGAAGAACUCGGAUCUUCCAUCAUGACAUCGACGCAGCCAACCGAGGCCGAUGUUCGACCUACCAUCUUCAUUCAAAACAUCGUAUGCAGCGUAAACUUGAGCUGUACCUUGAAUCUAACAGAUGUGAACAAUCGUCUGAGACUUUCCGAGUACAACCCGAAACGCUUCCCAGGAGCAGUUCUACGAUUACUCGAACCGAAAGUUACUGCUUUGACAUUUUCUACCGGUAAAAUGGUCGUAUGCGGAGCUAAACACGAAAAACUAGCCAACUUGGGUGCACGAAAGUUAGCUCGUAUCUUACAAAAAAUUGGCAAUAAUGUGCAGUUGAAGGAUUUCAAAAUAAACAACAUGUUAGCGACUUGCGAUUUGAAAUUCCCCAUUCGUUUAGAAGACUUGAAUGAAAGUCACGCUCAAUUCAGUCGUUACGAGCCGGAAUUAUUUCCGGCGCUUAUUUAUCGUUUGGUUAGACCCAGGACUGUUAUGCUUAUAUUUGUUAAUGGCAAGAUCGUCAUCACCGGUGGUAAAUCACGUGACGAAUUACAGCAAGCUUUAGACUUGAUGUAUCCUAUUUUGAGAAGUUUCAGGAAGUCCUAGUUCUGGUCUUUUUUGUUUCCUAUUCCUCGACAGUUAAUCGUGCUUUUUGUUGUGUUGUACAUAAAUAAUUACAUACGUAGAUUUUUUUUUGUACAAUUUUCCUUAUUUUGAGAUUUUGUUGAAUAAUUCUUUUAAUAUAUUCUGUUGAUAUA